GAGAGAAAAAUAUUUCCAUCUAUGAUGAUGGCAGAUUCUACAGGAGAGCAAACGUGGCUACAAAUACAGCACAAACUAAGCUUCAGGAAACUACUAGAGGGUUCAGAGUAUCCAGAGGAACUGAAGUAUGACUUCAAUAUAAAAGGGGAACUGAGGCAUCUGGAUACAAACGAGCCCUUUGUUUUCAAUUAUUACAAGAAUUCACAUGAGCAGAAUCAUAAACGCUAUCAGGUUUUGGGACAUUUGAUUACCCAGUAUGUUUAUGAGCUCCUGGAAAGAGUCUGCAUGCUGCAGAAAGUUUAUAUUCCUACCGAUGCCGCAGAGGAUGAACCAAGAACUUUCUUUUUCAUGAACGAGAAUGCACUAACAAGCUACUCCAGCCUCAUUGUCCUUCUUCAAGACCGUGGAGUUUUCUGUGCCGGACAAUGGGGGCAAAGGACGAUUGUCAGUGAGGGCCUGGAGCAUGGAACACAAAUACCGUUCAUCAAAAUGGCCCUUCAAAGCCACGAGGGAGUGAUUGUACUGAAUCCUAAUGACAACUUUGUUGAUCUGAAGACUGAAAAGGAGAAGUUAAACUUUUCUACCACGGAAAAAUCGCUGCCUCCUGCACAGUCCACCUGGGCGAUCCCCAAGAGGGGCAGCGGCAGCCCCGAGGAACAUACCUUGUAUGUAUGGGAUCAUUUCAUUUCAAAGAGUGCAGCCAAGAAUGUGGCCUUCAUUGCCCAUGGCUACGGUGGCUUGGUGUUUGUUGAUCUGCUGGUGCAGAGAAAAUGUGAGGUUAUGAAUAAAGUGUACUCUGUGGCGUUCAUUGACUCCAGGCACAACAUACAGCACCAGGCUAGAAGCGAUCCACAAAUACAAAAAUGGAUACAGACGUACUGCCGUGAAUGGGUGUCAAACAGUAAGCCUCUAGGUAAAGCUGUAGGUUCUGUCAUGAAAGUGAAUUGUCCUGUUGUCUCUGCUGGAACGGAAAAGUAUGGUUUAGCACCCUCCUGCUCCUUACAUGACAUCUUUAAGUAUUUGAAGAGCGCGCUGAAAGCCAAGACUGCAACAGCCUCUAGGCGUUCACCUGUUUUAACCCGAAGCAGCACAAGUAAGGAGAGGCAAUAAAUAAAGGUAUGCUGACUUGCUCUCAAUAGUGGUUUCUUUCUUUCAUAACUGUCCCUGCACCUUUCAGUCAUCUACUUCCUCUCACUGCAGAGUAGCUUACACUUCUAAGUUUGCAGCUAGUUUGUUUUUUGGAGAAACACACAAAUACAAGUUAACUAUUAAGAAAGAUGUGCACCAUUGAAAGCUUUAAGCCACAACCCUUCAACUAGCUGUAAAAUUAAAAGUUGCACCAAAUAAAGAUGUUAGGGCAUAUAAAUUCUCAUCUGCACCAUUUUGUAAAAUAUUCUGCAGUUAAUGGCUCUAUAAUCAGACUAAGCUAUCAGGAAAACACUUAAGUGCACAGCUUUCAUUAGAAGGACAAAUCUGGAAAACAAAGAUUAUGUAAAGGAUCUAUUUCCUUCUCAUUAUAUACCAUAUAGUGCUUAAAAUCUUUCAAAAGCUGGAACAUCCACCUUCCUCCCUGAAACGUUACUGUUAAGUUGAACAAUACUUCAGGGAACCAGACGCUACUAUCUUCCCUCCAGUCAGAGACAGUAUGACCCAAACAUGACUAAUUUCUGUUUUAA